UCCCCGCCCCUUAUUCCCAGCAGCCUGUCAGUUACGUCAUCGCCCCGCCUUCUCCUCCUUCUCCUCAAGUCCUCCAGCUGUGAGGCGGCUCCUUGCUUUUCUGUGCCCGGGGAUUCGGAGGCAUCCGUCACCAUGGUGAACUUCACAGUAGACCAGAUCCGAGCGAUCAUGGACAAAAAGUCCAACAUCAGGAACAUGUCUGUCAUUGCUCAUGUUGACCAUGGCAAAUCCACCCUUACUGAUUCUUUGGUGUGUAAAGCCGGAAUCAUCGCUUCUUCCAGAGCCGGAGAAACGCGAUUCACAGACACGCGCAAAGACGAACAGGAACGCUGCAUCACCAUCAAGUCCACGGCGAUUUCGCUGUACUACGAGCUCUAUGAGAACGACUUGGCUUUUAUCAAGCAAUGCAAGGAUGGCUCUGGUUUCCUUAUAAACUUGAUUGACUCCCCCGGGCAUGUAGACUUUUCAUCAGAAGUGACGGCCGCCCUCCGCGUUACAGACGGGGCACUUGUAGUUGUCGACUGUGUAUCAGGUGUCUGCGUCCAGACGGAGACAGUUCUGCGACAAGCAAUUGCUGAACGGAUCAAACCGGUUCUCAUGAUGAACAAAAUGGACCGAGCGCUGCUGGAGCUUCAGCUGGAACCUGAGGAGUUAUUCCUGACCUUCCAGAGGAUAGUGGAGAACGUCAACGUCAUCAUCUCUACCUACGGGGAGGGAGAAACCGGCCCCAUGGGCAACAUUAUGAUUGACCCUGUGAUUGGCACAGUCGGUUUUGGGUCGGGCCUGCACGGUUGGGCCUUCACCCUCAAGCAGUUUGCAGAGAUGUAUGUUGCCAAGUUUGCAUCCAAAGGAGAGAAGGCUCAGCCAACUCCAACUGAGCGAUCAAAGAAAGUAGAAGACAUGAUGAAGAAAUUAUGGGGAGACAAGUAUUUUGAUCCGGCCACUGGCAAAUUCAGCAAAUCUGCGACCAACGCUGAUGGAAAGAAGCUGCCGCGUACAUUCAGCCAGCUCAUACUGGACCCCAUCUUUAAGAUAUUUGAUGCCAUCAUGAACUUCAAAAAAGAUGAGACUGCCAAACUGGUUGAGAAACUGGACAUCAAGUUGGAUGCGGAGGACCGGGACAAGGAAGGAAAGCCACUCCUUAAGGCAGUGAUGAGGCGCUGGCUACCGGCUGGUGACGCCUUGUUGCAGAUGAUCACCAUCCACCUGCCUUCCCCUGUCACGGCGCAGAAAUACCGCUGUGAGCUGCUGUACGAGGGGCCACCUGAUGAUGAAGCUGCUAUGGGUGUAAAAAACUGUGACCCCAAAGCCCCCCUGAUGAUGUACAUCUCCAAGAUGGUGCCCACAUCUGAUAAAGGACGGUUCUAUGCCUUCGGUCGUGUCUUUUCUGGAAUUGUGUCAACUGGACAGAAAGUGCGAAUUAUGGGUCCCAACUACACUCCAGGGAAGAAGGAAGAUCUUUACUUGAAGCCUAUUCAGAGGACUAUCCUUAUGAUGGGGCGUUACGUAGAGCCCAUUGAAGAUGUGCCCUGUGGCAAUAUAGUCGGUCUUGUUGGCGUUGACCAGUUCCUGGUGAAGACUGGAACAAUUUCCACCUUUGAGCACGCCCACAACAUGAGAGUGAUGAAGUUCAGCGUUAGUCCUGUCGUACGUGUCGCUGUGGAGGCAAAGAAUCCUGCGGACCUCCCGAAACUGGUGGAGGGCUUAAAACGUCUGGCCAAGUCUGAUCCUAUGGUCCAGUGUAUAAUUGAAGAAUCGGGAGAGCACAUCAUUGCAGGAGCCGGGGAGUUACAUCUAGAAAUCUGCCUUAAAGACCUUGAAGAAGAUCAUGCCUGUAUCCCCAUCAAGAAAUCGGACCCUGUUGUGUCGUACAGGGAGACUGUGAGUGACCAGUCCAACCAGCUCUGCUUGUCCAAAUCUCCCAACAAGCACAACCGUCUGUACAUGAAGGCCCGGCCCUUACCCGACGGCCUGGCUGAGGACAUCGACAAGGGUGACGUCAGUUCCAGGCAGGAAUUGAAGCUGCGCGCCCGUUACUUGGCAGAGAAGUACGAGUGGGAUGUGGCAGAGGCCAGAAAGAUCUGGUGUUUCGGUCCCGAUGGAACUGGGCCGAACAUCCUGGUUGACGUCACUAAAGGAGUCCAGUACCUCAAUGAGAUCAAGGACAGCGUUGUGGCAGGAUUCCAGUGGGCUACCAAGGAGGGAGUCCUGUGCGAAGAGAACAUGAGAGGCACCAGAUUCGACAUCCAUGAUGUCACACUGCAUGCUGAUGCAAUUCAUCGUGGAGGUGGACAGAUCAUCCCCACUGCUAGGAGAGUGCUGUAUGCUGCUGCCAUCACAGCCCAACCCAGGCUAAUGGAGCCAAUCUAUCUGGUGGAGAUUCAGUGCCCAGAGCAGGUGGUCGGCGGCAUCUAUGGUGUACUGAACAGGAAGCGUGGACAUGUCUUUGAGGAGUCUCAUGUGGCUGGAACACCCAUGUUUGUAGUGAAGGCCUACUUGCCUGUCAAUGAAUCCUUUGGUUUUACUGCUGACCUCAGGUCCAACACUGGAGGUCAGGCCUUCCCACAAUGUGUAUUUGACCACUGGCAGAUCCUGCACGGAGAUCCAUUUGACGCCACGUCUCGCCCCGCCCAAGUGGUGGCAGAAACCCGGAAACGUAAAGGUUUGAAGGAAGGAGUCCCACCCCUAGAUAACUUCUUAGACAAAUUGUAACCAGCAGUUUUGACACUUCUCAUGAAACCAAAAUCACUUACAUGACAAAGACUCUGUUUCUCUCAGCUGGUCCAAACACCAUGCACAUUGAUUGCCCCCUUCCCUCCAAUGAAAAUAAAAAAAAUGGAAAAAAUAAAUAAAAUAUAAAAAUGUG